GUUUGUGACUGACAAAGAUAUGGAGUGCGAUAUUGAAAACCUCGAAAAUCUUUUGUUAUUGAAAACAAAAAUAAAAAAUUUUUUUUUGAUACUAUAUGAUGAAUAUCACUGGUCAGCAAAAGUGAGAAAAUUUUUAAAAUUGUUAAUAUCAGACGAUCUAACCAAUUUAACGUCGUUUAAUUUAUUUUCUUUUAGUGGUGAUCUGCCUUAUGCUUUAGAAAAUAUUUCAUUUAAUAUUAAUCAAUGUAGUUGUUUGGUCAAUCUUAGGGAAUUGGAUUUAUAAUUUUCUGUGCUAGUAUCAAUGAAGAAUAUAUUUCAUAUAGUAGAUCCAUGGGAAUUCAACCUGGAUUCAAACAAAAGCAAUAAAAUCAGGGGAUUAUUUUAUUCAAAAAGUUUAGAAAUAUCGCACUUAAGUUCAAAUAGAAUUAGCCAAAUUGAAAAUCUAUCUUAUUUGAUAAAUCUAAAAUGCUUAAAUUUAUCAGAAAAUAGAAUCUGUGCAAUUGAAAACUUAUCUAAUUUGGUUAACCUAACAGGUUUAGAUUUAUCCAUAAAUAAGAUUGGUAAAAUUGAAAAUUUGUCUAGUUUGAUUAAUCUAACGAAUUUAGAUUUGUCCUCGAAUAAUAUUGAUAAAAUUGAGAACUUGUCUAAAUUAAUCAAUUUAAAAAGUUUCAAUCUAUCUCAUAAUAGAAUUGAUUCAAUCCAAGCUCUGUCCGAUUCGGUCAAUUUGGUCAAUUUAAAUCUUUCAUUUAAUUUUAUUGUAGAAUUAAAUUACUUGUGUGAUCUAAUAUGUUUAAAGGAUUUAAAUAUAUCGUAUAAUGGAAUAAUAAAAGUUGGAUGUAAUUUAGAUUUGGAAAAGUUAAAAAAUUUAAAUCUUUUACACAAUAAACUCGCCAAAAUUGAAAAAAUAUCAAAAUUGAAAAACUUAGAAUAUUUAAAUCUUUCAUAUAACGAGAUUACCAAAAUUGAAAACAUAUCUAAUUUUGUUAGUCUAAAAUAUAUCAAUUUGAAAAAAAAUGCAAUCAAUAAGAUUGAAAAUCUAUCUAAUUUAAAAAAUUUGAAAACAAUAAAUUUACUGAAGGCUUAUAUUUUGGGGGAUAUCAAUGAUUCUAGCGAGUUAAUCAAUUCAGGGAAUCUUAAAGAUCUAGACUUAUCAGAAAAUGAAAUAAAAUCUGUUGAUUGAUAUCCUAUGCGUUCUUUGCAUAAUUAUACAGCCCAAAAGCAUUAUCAUACUGAUACAUACACACUAACGCAGACUGUAAUGCAUAAGGUUCUGGUGCUGAAUAGACCA